AUGCCCGAUCCUUUCAACCUCGAUAUCAGGAAGAGGCUUACCGCUGAACGCAUUUAUCGCAGAAACUAUUGUUUUGGCGCCAAUUCAUUUUCACGCACGAUUCACGCGAUUUAUUAUUCUACUUUCAAAAAUAUAUUUUUAACAACAUCGAGGAGAACGAACUAUUUUUACUGGAUAUUUUCUUCCUCAAGCGUGUCUUAUCCUGGCAUGUCUCUUGGGAGACGAUCUGACAGGUACUACCUCUUAAAAUUAUUUGAUUUUUUGUUUGCACAUGAGUAAUCGAUGCUGUUGUUGUUAAUAUGAACGAGCUUUGUUGUUUCGUUGAAUAUUUCGUCAAAAACUGUCGUGUUGAAGAAUACUCGUUCACAAUACAAUUAUUUUAUCAUGUAAGCACUCUCACUUGUUUAGCAUCCAUGUCAUGUGGGAUAGACUGAAUUAAUAUUUCUGACAAAUUUAUGCGUAAAAAUGAUCUUAAAAUUGCAUGCAUGUUUACCUCGACGAUCUGUUGCCUGUGUUUCGAUCAUUAAACAGACUUUGAUGGUAAUUUAGUUUAGUUUUAUGGUGGGUAACGGAUCGUUGCAAUGUCUCUUCGCCGUAGAGUACGCACAAAAGUUGAUUAUUCCAAGUUUUGUGAAGAAGAAGGUGAAAGCACAAAUAAUAGCGACGGUGAGUCUUACAUUUUUUGUAAAAAUUGUUGCUAAUCAAACUUCAUUUUAUGAACAAAGAGAAGCCUCAUGCUAAAUUAUCUACUAUUCUCAAUUUCGGUCGUUAAUAUAAUACCCAUUAGUAGGAUUUGCUGUAGAAAUUAAGCUUAAUAGUAAUGAAACAUUAAUUAUUUAGUGAGUAAAAGUAUUAUUGGACUUAUAGCACAUAAGUGUGUUGACAUCAGUCGUAUAAAUUUCAACACUGAGCCUGGUUGUUGAAAAUAAGUCUUUGCAUUUUACAUGGUUUGUGUGUGAGUAUUUUUCCCCCUUUACCGUUCCUGGGAGUCCAUAUUUAUUAUUGUGACACAGUUUCACAGAUAUUUUAUUACAUUUCCAAAAGUGGAGUUGAUUUAAUAAACCUUUUAAGUGUAAUUUACAAGUGAAGCUAUUGUUUCUGAGUCCGAACACAAGCCACUUGUACACUUGAAAAUUAUACUUGUCAAAGUUCUAUUAAAUUGACCUCGGGACUAACUUGGGAAAUUUGUUCAUCUGAUGUAAACCUACAUAAUGGCUAAUUUGGAUUAUAAUAAUAAGUCAAUAUUUAACGUAUCAAAAACGAAAGUGAAUUUAACAACAAUAAUUAAAGGCCACAGAGCAAGUAAACAAACACAGAUCAUGAGAUAAGCAGUGGUAUCUUCUGUUUGUCUCAUGACUGGGCACAUGAAGGGUAACUGGACCCAGCACUUAUAACUGCUCCAAAAACAGUUUUUUGCCAUUAUAACAGGGCUGGCUAUGUUCAUUUUUGACAAAAAGGGUUUCCAGUUUACAGUCAACUCUCAUCUUGUAGACACCUCACUAUUUAUGGACAUUCCACUAAUACAUACAGCUGCUAAAUCCUUGGCAAAAAUUACAGACAUUUGACUGAAACAAACUCCCACUAUUAUGGACUCUUGCUAUUACAGACUAACGGACACCUCUCUCGGUCCCGACAGCUCAAUUAUAUUGUUCUCAAUCUCGUUAUAAUUGACAGCAAUUAGCAUUUUGUGACAUUUAGGCAGAAUUAUCUCAAAUUAUAAUUUAUUUCUUCCUCUUUUUCACUUCAUUUCUGUCCUUUUGCUUGAAAAGUGUACACUCCAAUUCCCGUUUCACAUGAUCCUUCUAAGAAACUACUGUACUUACUUGCAAAAAGCAAGCAUGGUCUACUUAAUGUGCAUAAAGUGGAUUUUCUAGUACUGUACUUUCUGGUUUUUGUGUUACUACAAUUUUUUUAUAUUACAUUUUUUAAUGAACAAUAUAAAAAAAAUGUAAAUCCUCUAAUAUCAAGAAUUUUUUUUGCACCACAUUAUUACAGACUUUUGUUAUUAGGGACACGCAACUGCAGUCCCAAGGGUGUCCACAAUAAUGGGAGUUGAUUGUAUAAGGCUUUGCACCAGCAGAUUUUGACUUGGACAGAUAAGCCCCUUGAAAUACUCAUUGUUCCCUCAAACACGAAAAACACACCAAUUACAUGAAGGCUACUGUAAAAAGCUGUGUUAACAAAAAUGCCUCUAUGACCUCACAGCAUGUGUUGGUAUUCAGGGAUUCUCUUCAAUUUCAAAUUAAACAAGUCACCCUUGUUUGAUGGUAAGGUGGCCCUCAUAGCUACACCAACUUUUCUCCAUAUAAACACUCGGUCAAGGCAAGACAAUCAGAGCAUGGACAGGCACUGUUGUCAGCUUUUGGUUCAUCUAAAGGGGUCUUGAAACUUUUUUCUCCUAUAAAUUCUAACGAAAGUUGGCUUGGCCAGGAUGGUGACCCUCUUUCCCGGGGCAGCUUUCUGAAUUCUCCAAAUAAAUGAGGCCUAAUUUACACACAUCAGAACUAAUUUUGUCGUCGUUAUUGCUAUAGAUGAUUUCCAGGAUGACACCGGACCAGCUCCUGUAAAGAAGGCUAAAACCGCAACAAAGACAAAAGCAAAAACAAAACAAGAAGUCACUAAAAGUAAAACUAAAGAUUCAGGGAAUUUAAAAAGAAAAGAAAGGUACAGUUUAAUUUCUGAGUUGAAUUUUAUGUUUCAAGGGAUCAGGGUGCCUUUCUCUGGGAGAAGAUAAGAUUCUGAAUCUUACAUUCCUUAGAUUUGUUGUGACAAAAAAGCAUGAAAAUAAAUUUUUAGUGUGUUAAGGUGAACCUGUGAGAACAUGGUGGGCCUUGUAUGUUUACAGGAAAAACCACUUGCUGGGUACCCUGUGAGCAGAAGCCCAGGACUGCAAAUAACAAGCCGUCAUCAGACAUUGGCCGACUAAAAUUUGCCAGUGUCUGACGAAUUCUGAGUUCAGAGCAGGGUUAUUUAAAGUGCAGUAACCCGCUUUUAAACCACAAUUAGGGUCAACUUAUCUUAAGUCAAGUUUUUUUAGAGGCAGUAAAUAACAUUAACAAGGUCUUUUCCUUACCCAUCCCUUGGUUAAUAAUGACAUUCUGGAAUUGUUUAUGAAUCAUAAGUUUUGAUCUGAGUAAGCACUGGGCCACUAUUUUUUUUCAAUGUGACCAGGGAAAAACAAAACAGUGGAAUCCCCAAUUUUUUGAACCCCCAAGGAAAAGCAGAGUGGUUUGAAUUAUCAGUAGCUUUGAAAAGUCAAGGGGAAAAUAUAGUGUUUGACUGGUGAAUACGGAAAUCAGGUUUUAACUGGACCCAGUUCAAAUGGUCAGGAAUUUAGAGUCACCAAGGGUUAAAAAAAAACUCGGGAUUCUUAGGUAUACUAAUAGGGCUACACUUAUUGGCCCCUGGUAAAUUUCUUUUACUUUUGGAUUACUGGUAUGAAAUCUCUGCCUUUGCAGAAAACCUAUACGCUGGGCAAUAAAGUUUUUGGAUGUCCUAAGAACUCUUUAUACACCAAACUUCUGUACUAGUAUUGUACAAAACCUGCAUUGUACAGUGUACAAAAUGACUGUAUGAGCUAAACUCAAACAUCUUUUCACUGCAGAUUAUCUCGAGAUGAAAAGCUUUAUCAAAAAGAUUUAGAGGCAGCACUGCAGGCCUCAAUAAGAGAGUCACAGCUGUCAUCUGCUGGAAAUGACAGUAGCAGCAAUGCAAAUGAUGAAGGGGAAGGUGACAUUUCAGAUGAGGAGGAAUUGCGGCCAUCCAAACCAAAGAAAGCUCGAUUACUCCCUUCUUCUGAUACAGAAGAUAACAACAAAGAAAAUACUGGGUACGAUAAAUAUUGUACCAUAAUUAUUCUCUCUAACAAUUAUUUUUUUACCACCUCCCUGUCUCAAGGCUCCACCUUUUCCUUGCCCCUGUUUCAACAGUCAAAUAUAAUUUUAGUAACCCACCCCUAUUGAAUACCCCCCCCCCUCUUAUAGUGUACAGUUGAUUUGUUUCACUAAACAGUCACUUAAUUAUUUGAAAAGGCUGUAAGGCUACAAUAUUCCUGUAGAGUUAUGAAGAUGAUAUCAGACAAGCAACAGAGCCAAUAUAGCAAUAAAGUCAUGAAUAACAAAACUGGACCAUUAGCUGUGGCCACACUACAGACUUUUUACCUAGGUAAACUCACCUUGUUGGCAGUUAAUCUAGGCAAACUUAAUUUUUCAAGUGUGACUCAUUUUCCCUAGGUAACUUACCUUAGGGAAAUUUUAUCUUCUGGUGCUUGGAUUUGUCUCUAGAACAAUAGAGUUUCCCUUGACAGCGACCCCAAAGCGAUAGCUAGGGAAAAAUAAAGUACUGAGGUUGCUAACUAACAGACACUCUUUGGCGAAUGUCUUGAUGACAGAACUAAACAUACCUCACAUUGUGAAAGAAAUUUUGGGGGGUACAUGUCCUCUGCGUCUUCCCCUCUAUCAUUGAAUUAGCAUAAGAAAUGACAGUGAGAUAAAAAGAAAAAUGUCUCUUUGAUCAGCUAAAUCCCCAAGAAUCUUGCCUUGUUGAAUUUACACACCAAAAAUUCAGUUGUGCGUGAAAACCUUGGGAGUCUAUUUCAGUAGCACGACCUUCCCCAAACUUUUUUACCUAGGUAAAACGAAACCCAAGAUGAAUUUACCUCAGGAAAGUUUUGAUGAAUUUGCCGUAGUAAAUUGGUUUUACCUUAGUAAAAGUCUGUAGUGUGACCACCGUUACUAUUAUUUUUUUAGAAUUAUACAUUGGAUAUUGACACAAAGACACCUCCUCCCAUCAUUGACACCAUAAUGGGGUUAGGGUUGGUUGUUGGUUCUCUCCUUUGAUCCAAACGGUUUUUCUCCAGGUACUGCGGUUUUCCCUUCUCCUCAAAAACCAACAUUUCCAAAUUUCAGGUCGACCAGAAAUCAGGUAGAUGAAGAACCACUUUGUAGAUGUGCUACCUCUAAAUCAUUAUUAUUUAUCGAAAUAGCAUGACAGCCCCUUUGAGUGGAGUGCCUUUGGGCUUGCCGUAGUCUGUAAGUGCACUUUACUAAAAAUAAACAAGCUCCAUUAAUUAUUUCACAGUGAUGGUUCUGGAACAAACUUUGAAAGGAAGAGUCCAAGUGAAGAAGAUGAUAGUAGCAAUGAUGAGGUGAAACCAAAACAGAGAUCAGCCAUAAACAAAACGGAUGCCAUGAAGGAAGACCUUGACGAAGAAGUUCAAGGAGAGGAAGUUGAACCCAAUCAAGGUUGGUCUCUUGUUUUUGAGAUCCACAUUUUUUGGUGAGAAAAAUUUAAAGAAAAGGAUAAAGUAUAUGGUAGUUGAUAGUGCCUAAAGUGUAACAUGUGAUUCUGGUAUUGUACUAAAAGACCUUUUAAGCUUGUAUGUUUUGUUUUCCCAUUUCAUGUAGGUCUUGGUACCCUAGAGAACUGUUUCUUUCAAAUGUCAUCCUAUGCAUGUGCAUCCACGUGCAGAUGUAUGCAUAAUUAAUAAAAAGACAAAAGGCAAAUUCCCUGGAGAACAUCAUGUCGUCUAAAUUGCGAAAACAAAACCUACAAGCUUAUUGAAAAGGUAUAUUAAUUUUUUUUUCUUUUCUUGCCAUUUAACUCAUUGAAUAACAAAGACAGCGACUUUGAACUAAGUGAAGAGUUAAGCGAUGCAGACAAUGAAAGUGAUGACCAAGAUGACAGCGACUUUAAUGAGACAGAGGUAAAAAAGAAAUCCAAAGGACGAGGGCGUGGUAAAUCAACAAGCUCUCCAGGAAGACCUGGCGUCAAGCCAAGGACAAGUGUUACAGGUUUGUAGAGGUAAUAGGUGGUGCAUAUGGGACAAGGAGGCAAGCUAUAGCCUGCGAAUAUAUAUAUAGCCAUAUCACCUUGCUCCUCGCCAUUUGGAACAUUUCACCUGGAGGAAUGUCUGCACCUCAACGACAGAAAUUCCAUACUGAUGGUGUAAAAUCUGUCUGGGAUCUGGUCAGGAGCCCUGAUUGGUCAACAUAGUUGUUAUAUUGUUUUACCUAUUGUUUACCAAUGACAGACAAAAGACCACAAAAGUGAAAUGUAAAUGGGGUCUUAAACAUGAUGAAUCUACUACAAAUCAGUCAGUAUUCCUGGAAUAUAUUAUUCUUUAGAAAAAGCAUCUGAGUUUUUGCUGGAGCUUGUUUGCAGUAGAGCACAAAACUUUACCAUAAUCGACCAGGAGAAACACAAAAUCAAACAAAUUUACAUCUAGAACCCCAUGACUACCGGAUUUAUUUUGUAAACAUUGAUAUGCAUCAUCAGUAUUUAUGGAAUUUCUGUUGCCGAGGUGCAGACGUUCCUCCUGGCAAAACGUCCCUAGCGGUGAGGAGCAAGGAAAAAGGGCUGUAUUGGCAGGCUAGAGGCAAGCAUGAUCAGAACUUAACAUGGCUUUUGAAGCAUGCAACACUUAAGAGUAUUACCCAUCCCAAUCCCCACUCACACACACACACACACACCUACACUGCACCAACCCCUUUGCCUCCCUCACCCUCCCUCCAGAUGAGUGAGGUCCUGGUUCAGCGAAGGGUUCUCCAUUUAUUUAUACACCUUUGUGAUCUGACAAGCGGAGCAAAACUUUUUUGUCUGCGUUCCUAAACCUGAUGGUCAGAAUUCAACCGGGACUUACUGAUAUGAAGUUAGAGGUGUUAACCCUUUGUCCGCCAUCGCUCCAAGAAGUUCUGAUUUCCCUAAUUUCUCAAGAAGACUGUUAAGAUGAAUCCAAUGCCAGGAUUGUGCUGCGUACAGACAAAAUCUGUAGCACAGUGCCGAGACAAAAAAUAAUAAGAUUAUUAUGGAACAUUUGAAGCUUUGGGGGAUAUUAAUAUCUGGUUACUUGUGCCCCUAUUGCAACAAGCCUUCUAUUUCUCAUUAUAAAAACACUGGGUAAAAUGUUACAAUAAAAAAACAUUAAUAAAUUUUAAUAGUGACUAAUAUAAUAUCAAAAUAAAAUAAUGAUGUACAGCUGUAUUCUGUGGAGAAAUUGAAGAGAUUUUUGAAACCAUGCAUAGUUUUUCAUUUUUCAAAGUCUUGUCUGAGGCCUUGAUUUCCUUUCUUUAUUUUAGUAACACCACUCAAGAUGCUAAAAGGCAGAGGAAAAAGCAAAGGUCGAGGGUCAUCAGCUAACAGCAGUCACUCCGUGUCAAGUUCUGCAUCCAAUUCACCUUCAAGUAUGUCAUUUGAAAAUCAACUUAAAUGCCAAACAAUGUUAUACUCUCUGAGGGUACAAGGCAAUGAUAAAUACUGUGCUACUAAAUUGAACAAGCUGAUUUAGGGCAUCAUGCUGCUUUUAACAAUUGAGUUGUAAAACUUUUUCUUGUUGUUGUAGUUCAAAAAAUUAUUAUCAGAAAACAUCUUCUCUCAGUUUGAAUUUAGUAAAGAGAAACUCAUCAUACCCAGCAGGGAUGGCCUUAAAUUACGGUGGCCUAGGAAAAAGUGAUCUAAGAAAUCACUUUGUAACUUGUUGUGAUUCUUUCAACCAAGCUGUUUAAGAUUAAUAGAGAAAAGUGCUAAAGAGUAAUUGCAUAACAAUACUUUAAUAAUGGUCUCAUGUAUAAAAAUUAAUGAUGGAUGCUAAUUAAUACUUUUUCUGGCUAAAUGCUAACCUUUUCAAUUUAACUGCCUUAAAUUUAUUUUCAGUGUCAUAAAUUAUGUGUGACAAGAGCCGGACAUAAUUAUUUGAGACUAAAUUAGGUAAUUAAAAACAUUACUCUUAUCUCCUGUGUUGACUUCACAGGUUUCUUUUGAAGACAUAAGGAUAACUGAAUAUACCCUUCAAAGAGGUGCGUCAUAACUUGUUUUCUUAACACUGAAUAAAAUAAAAUAAAGCAUGCCUGCUCUUACCUCAAGAUGAAUAAAACGCACAACAAAUGCAAGUUGAAAAUUUAAUUAUUUGUAUGAUUAUCCUGUCUCUUAAUAUUAAGAUAAUAAUUGGUAAUAAAAAUAACUGAUAACUUAUAACAAUAUUGAUUUGAUAGUAAAUAGCCUUAUAGACUUGAUAAAAAAGUCUUGUGUUGUACUUAAUAUUAUAACACGUAUAGAUUCUCCGUAAAAAAAAUUUUUGUCAACAAAUGAAAUACCUUAGCCUACAUUGUAGACGUAAUUUCACCCCCAGUUCUGAGCCCCCAAAGGACUCAAUGAAUUACCAGAAGUACAUUUUGAAUUUCCCUUCGUCUUGAUUGGCAAAUCAAUGGUAUCUUUAACAGGGCAAUCAUGGCACAUACUCAAAUCUUGGCACACAGGUGGGGGCUCAGAACAAGGAUUUCUGCAUUGUUUUGCAGACAGACUUAACCAGAGUUUAGUGAUGAGUAGAGUACUUAAGAGUAAUGAGUAGAGUACUUAUUACAAUGUACCUCUGCAAACCGACAUACAAUGCCUUUUGAGGAACAAGAUUCAGUGCUUUUAUUUUGUCGGAUUUCUUUUCAUCCCUCUUCAUCUCCUUCAUUCAAUGUCUUGCAGUUUCAUCAACAAGUAAUCAACCUCAACAACACCAACUGAAGACAACAUCUACAUCACUCCUAAGAAGCAGUCCAGGAAUGGGUCUUGGUGGCGUCAAUAUCAAGACUUCUGGACCCCCAAUUCGUAUUGGACUUUCACGAAAUGUCAGAGUCAAACCACUACAUGCUCAUGUGUCUGUUCAGCACUGAAUUAUCUUGAGUUAUGCAUCACUUCAUCUGCUUAUAUGUAUACUUCGUACUCUGCAUAGAAAUUUUUUUCAUCAGAAAGUGAAGGGGUCCGUCAAAAAACACUCUAAACUGACCAGUUUGAAGCAAGAAUUUUCUCCUCACCAUGUGUGGACAUAUCUUACAAAUUAACAGCGUCCUUGUUAGCAGUGGCCUGUGUACAGACGUCCCCCCCUCCAGUAACAUACCGGAAGCAACAUCAUUUCGCUCAUUAUCAGCUUUCUUCAAGAACUAAAAACAAACUGUUUUUUACUUUUUCAUUUUCACAAAGAAAUGACCAGGUUUUCUUGCAAUUUUUAUUGCCUUUCUCAUUGUAAAGGGAUUGAAGAAUCCUUUUCACUCAAGACAUUGCUCUCAGAACAAUCAAAGGGUAUCAAGAGGCCCCUAAAAUUAAUGUUAAAUCCUGGGUGCAAGGUAUUAGGUUGUGGAAAGCAAUUGAUGUGCUUUUCAGUGGAAAUUUGUAGGUCAUGAAAUCUGGAUGUCAGGUCUCUUAAAAUGAUUGACUUGAAGGAAACCAAUUCUUUUUAUUAUUUGAAAGUGAA